UAUUGUGUAUAUGUAAUAUACUUGUAGUAUAUAUAUGCAAUUAUACCUUACGAUAACAAGCAAUAAAGAAUCAAACUUAUCUAGGAUUAAAUCUUUUGGCUUUACAACCACUCAUAUAGGCAGGAUCGAUGCCAUUGAAUCAAGAUUACCACACAAAACACAUGGGGCGCAUCAUUUAAUUAAUACCUGAGAAUCUUCUUCUUCUUCUUCUUCUAUCAAAGCAAUUGAUGGUGACCCUCUAACCUCACAUACGUGUUGCCCUCUCUGCCUCUAUAAGUAGCUCACAGAAUUAUCAUUCUUUCACUAAUCCUCUUCUUCUUCUUCUUCUUCUUCGGAUCUCCAUGAAUAUGAAGUACUCGAAUCCCUUCUUUGUUUUAACAACAAUAGCAACUGUUCUCUUCUCCGCCUUCGUCCCAACAAUAAUUCGAAUCGGGUUUAGUUUUCAUGAGGAGGAGGGAUGUCAUAUUCAUACAGGCAAGCCUAGGGCUAGGGAUGUGGAAGUUGUUCCCAUCGUUGAUGCCGUCGGGCCUGAAAGUUUUGCGUUUGACCCGUUCGAUGAAGGUCCGUUUACUGGCGUAUCGAACGGGCGGAUAAUCAAGUGGCAGGAAAAUGAACGGCGGUGGAUUGAUUUUGCUGCAACUUCUCCUCAAAGUAGGUCUGGUUGUGAUGGGCCACACGAUCAUGAUCGGACGGAGCAUAUUUGUGGACGGCCAUUGGGCUUACGCUUCAACGAAAAUACGGGUGAUCUCUACAUUGCCGAUGCUUACAUGGGCCUACUUGUCGUGGGUCCUGAAGGUGGUCUGGCCAACAGGAUCUCUACACGUGUUCAAGAAGUUCCAUUCAGAUUCACUAAUGCUUUGGACAUUGACCAAAACAGCGGAGAGAUCUAUUUUACAGAUAGCAGUACACAGUAUCAACGGAGGAACUUCAUCUCAGUAAUCCUAAGUGGAGACAAAACAGGAAGGCUAAUGAAAUAUGACCCAGAAACCCAACAAGUGACAAUUCUUCUCAACAACCUCUCAUUCCCAAACGGAGUGGCACUAAGUGAAGAUGGCAACUUUGUUGUCUUUGCAGAGACAACUACAUGUAACAUCCUUAAAUAUUGGCUUAAAACCUCAAAAGCUGGAACUGUUGAGGUUAUUGCUACAAUGCCAGGAUUUCCAGACAACAUCAAGAGGAGCCCAAGAGGAGGGUUUUGGGUUGGUAUUCACUCAAAAAGAACGAGUUUUUUUGAAUGGGUUGUUUCGAAUAAUUGGAUUGGGAAUUUAGUGCUUAAGUUGCCUAUUAAUGUGAUGAGAGUUCACUCAAUUUUGUCCAAGUUUGGGGAAAAAAGUGGGAUGGGUGUGAGGUUGAGUGAGAAGGGUGAGAUUUUGGAGUUGUUUGUGUUUGAGGACGAAAGUGGGAAAAGAGUUGAGUCUAUAAGUGAAGUGUUUGAGAGAAAAGAUGGGAAAUUGUGGAUUGGGUCAAUAAAUAUGGGGUUUGCAGGAUUGGUUAAUGCUUAAAUUUUCAAUAAUGUGCAGAAACUCAGUUAUAGAAAA